UCAUCUGUUUGGAUGUGUGUGUUUGUGUGGGUGAGAGAUAGAGAACCAGUAUUUUAAGCCAUAUAGAGACAUUAUCAUGGGAAGUUUAUUCUUCUCCUCUGUUAUGAUGUACAGUGUAGCUGGAAAUUAUCUUUAAUCAAUUGUUUUAAUAAUCAGAUUUUUUAACCACCCUCAUCCAUUAGAUUCAACAGUGGAGUCCAAAGUUGCAGCUUUUUUCUGGAACAGAAAUGUGGAUGGGACACCUCAAGGAGGUUUGGAUGAUUUGUGCAUAACUGUGUGAUAAAGAGUACAAAUAUUCAGUUGCUCUGGUGUGUGUGUGGUCUUCACUUGACAAAUUUGGCUGUUCAACGGAAUGUAUCUGCUGUUUCUUUCAUUCUGCCUCAGUCUCUGUUCCACUGUAGUGAGUGCAGCAGUAACACCUCCAUGUAGUGUCGUAUACCGGGGCUUUGCCGAAUGUCUGGUUACUCUGGGUGACAAUGUGAGCUCCAAGACUGAUAACACACAAGACGUCAACUCCAUUUGCAAGUCAUGGGAUGCCUUCCAGGUGUGUGUGAGUGAUGUGUUGUCAGGUUGCCGUGGUGAUGCAGCAGAGAUAUGGGAAUCUUUGAGGGCGGAGUCCCGGAAAUCAUCAUUUGCUGGGAAUCUCUAUGACAUGUGUGCAGGACGUACUGAAGCUGUCACUGCAGCUAUCACUCCUCAAGGUCUUCCCAAUACUGAUCAAACCAACCAGGAAACCCUCAAAGGACUUGCUCAUUCUGUCAGCCACUCAGUCAGCAUAGAGCUGCUCCUGACAUGCAUCUCUCUUCUCCUGCUACUUCGGAGGUAGAA